GAAGAGGAAUUUCAAGGAAUAAAUAUACAAUUAAAAUGGAUAAAUUGAUUUAAGUUACGGAAAAUAUUGUUUAAAUAAUCUAAAUGGCUGAUAAAGAGCGUCUUGACAGAAUCAAAGCUGGUGCGUUUUUGGCCUCAGUAGCUGGUAUUUCGGCUGUUGUAGGCUUCGGCACGACACUUUCUGCAGCUAAGAAAGCUGAUCCUAAAUAUUUCAAUAAAGGCAUACACAGCAGUGUAGAAUUAGCAGAUGCUGGGGCAAUUCUUGCUUUACGGGCCCUCGGCUGGGGCACAGUUUAUGCUAUAGCUGGCACUUCAUGUAUUUGUUAUGGAAUUUGGAAACUAUCUGGCGCCAAAGAUCUCAAGGACUUCAGAAUAAAAAUGGGUAGCAUAUUGCCAGUUGUACCUAAAAAUGAUCCACCACGAUCAAGAACAGAAUUUACUGGAUUAAAUGAUCUUCUUACAUAUUUGUCAGAAGACUAUGGAAAGAAGGGAUAAUAGAAAUUUAUGUACAAAAUUAUGAUAAUGUUUAUUUUAGGUAAUAACAAAACAUUAGUUACUUAAA